CGUCGCAUACAGUACCCCUGGUAUUAUUCAAGAAACCCAGCUUAGAUUAAAUAGUAUCCUGGAGGGGGAUGAAGGGGAUGAAGAGGGCGAAGAGGAUGAAGAGGAUGAAGAGAAUGUGAAGGAUGAGGAAGAGAAUAGAUAUGAAGAAGAAGAAGAUAGAUAUAAUAAAGAAUUUAACAGUUACUAUGAACAAGAAACAAAUUACGUUAACGUAUAG